GAGACCGGGCUGUAACAGAUAUGAACCCUCGCGGUUGUUAAAACCCAAAACCCUCGCCGUCGCUGCUGAAGCUGAUGCUCCGUCAAACAUGCCAAAGUACAAGAAUCUGUUGCUAACAUCGAAGCGUCGUAAAUCCAAAUCCAAAUCCAAAAAGCGAAAGCUUACUCACCGUGAACCUGAGUCUCUGUGCCCAGAGAGGGCGUUCAAUCAGGGAAUUGAAGAAGAUGAAGAUGAAACAGGGUUCAAGCUCAAAAUCGCAGCUCCUUCGCAAGAGCAUGGUGUUCAACCACUCGGAAACCUCUAUUUCAAUCCUGGUUCGGUCAAUGUGCGAAACACUGGGUUAGGUAAUCUCCAGAUACUCACUGAUGAGCUCGUUUUGGAUAUCCUAGGUCUUCUUGACGCCACUCAUUUAGGUCUUUUGGCUACUGUAACCAAAUCUUUAUAUAUUUUUGCCAAUCACGAGCCUCUCUGGAGGAAUCUUGUCUUAGAAGAGUUGAAAGGAGAGUUUUUGUUUAAUGGGUCUUGGAAAGCUACCUAUGUAGCUGCUCACCAUCCUAAAUUCAAGUUGUCUGGAGAUGAUGAAUCGAAUUUGAAGAUUAUAGAUUUCUAUUCUGAUUAUAUGUUUCAGAGCUGGUUGUGUGCUAAUCUCGAAAUGAAACCGAAAUGGCUUAGAAGAGACAACAUCACUCGAGUGAGAGGCAUCUCUGUUGAAGAUUUCAUUACCAAGUUUGAGGAGCCGAAUAAGCCUGUUUUGUUAGAAGGGUGUUUGGAUCAUUGGCCUGCUAUUGAGAAAUGGUCAAGAGAUUAUCUGACUCAAGUGGUUGGUGAUGUUGAGUUCGCUGUUGGUCCAGUUGAAAUGAAGCUGGAGAAGUAUUUUAGGUAUUCCGAUGGAGCUAGAGAAGAGAGGCCCUUGUACUUGUUUGAUCCCAAGUUUGCUGAGAAAGUUCCGGUUUUGGAUUCGGAGUAUGAUGUUCCUGUUUAUUUUAAAGAGGACUUGUUUGGUGUUUUGGGAAACGAGCGACCUGAUUAUAGAUGGAUCAUUAUUGGACCAGCUGGAUCAGGAUCUUCUUUCCACAUUGAUCCUAACUCAACAUCAGCUUGGAAUGCGGUGGUUACAGGUUCGAAAAAAUGGGUUUUGUUCCCACCGGAUGUGGUUCCUCCGGGUGUGCAUCCAAGUCCUGAUGGAGCUGAAGUGGCUUGUCCUGUUUCUAUUAUAGAGUGGUUUAUGAACUUUUAUGAUGAUACUAAGGAUUGGGAAAAGAAACCUAUUGAGUGUAUAUGCAAAGCUGGGGAGGUCAUGUUUGUACCUAAUGGAUGGUGGCAUCUCGUUAUUAACCUUGAGGAAUCAAUUGCCAUUACUCAGAAUUAUGUUAGCAGGAGGAAUUUGUUGAAUGUGUUGGAGUUUCUAAAGAAACCGAAUGCUAAAGAGCUUGUCUCCGGAACAAAUGACAGAGAGAAUUUGCAUGACAAAUUCAAGAAGGCCAUUGAAGGAGCUUACCCCGGGACUAUUCAAGAGUUAGAGAAGAAAGCAGAAGAAGCUAAGAGAGUCGAAGAACAAAGAGUUUCUUUCUGGGACUCUGCCAAAGCUGAUACUUUCAAAUUCUCUUUCUAAAAAACAAAUUACAUCAUCUUCAUAUUUCAAUUUUGUACGAUCUUACACUUACAUUAGACUUAAAAUUAUUUGUUUUUGCUUCUAUGUUACACAAAGUCAAAAACAGAGGAAAUGGACCGUUAUGUGUUAGUUUCUUAUAAAGUUGCAAACUUUGGGUUU